GUCCAUGUACACAUCAACAAGUGUGUUGUCUCUCGACCCGACCGAGUUGAAUGAAUGCCUCCACGCAUCAACCAGCACCCAAAUCAGACCAUGGCUCUCAUGACCGCCAACAAGAGACACGUCAACACCCAUUGCAACUACCCGUCAUCCCUAUCACCUCCCCUGCACGGCCAUGCCCAUCCGGAGGGCCUCGAUCUUCUGGUUCAGCUGUUUCUGCAUCUCCACGAACCUCGACAAAUCAGGGUCCUCACCCAUUUCCCCCGUAGGCGCCGAGCUUCCCUGCACAACCACGUCUGAGUCGCUGGUGCCCCUUCUCAGCCCCACAUUAUUGUUGACACUCAUGCGCAACCGCGGCCGCACGACAUCUACCGGGGCCUCACUCGCGGGCGGCACGGACGAUGCAGUGGUGGAUGUGCGGGCUGCCGGAACCGACGUGGGAAUAUCGGCCUUGCAUUCCACCGGCCGCUCCACACUCGCCUGGCCUUGCUCCAGCUCGUCGGCACGAGACACCGCCACUGCCUUGGCUCCCCCGUCAGCGCCACCCCAGCUCUCGUAAAGCGGUACUUGCUCGAAGGAUACAGAGAGGUCAAAUCCCACGUCAUGUGCAGCCUUUGGUUGAGGCGCCGACAACAGUCUGGGCGGCAUGUCCUGCCACUGGCGGGCCGGUGGCGGAGGCGGUGGUGGUGGUGGUGGGGGUGGCGAGGGAGAAGGAGAGGGCCAUGGGGAGGGCGAGGGGCUCCUUUCUUGCUGGCAGGAUGACCGCAGCUGCACCAGGUGGUUCUUCAACGCUGCAUUAAACGAUACAAAGAGGAAUAGGUGUCUGUCAUGAGGAAAGCACGGUCUCCCAUGUGUGGUCUGGUAUGUUCCCGCCACUCACCUUUGUUUGAUGCGCAAUAACGACGGAGGACGUGUUGCCUACAGAUCGACCCCACGGCAAGCCAGUCACAUGAUAGCACUGAGAGCACGCGUCUUCUCGCCUACGUGUUUCGCUCCUCACGCAUAAGCCGUGUCGUGAGAGACUCAAUCGUGGCACCAAUCAGUUCACGCUGGCAGGAACAGAAAGAAACGCCAAAUACGCUCGAUGGCUGCAAAAGAAAUGCAGCCUUCGCCUUGACUGCCUCCCUCACCUGCCGAUAGAUGUGCUGCAGAAGGCUGGGCGCGCCGACGUGGAGGCCAUCUCCCACCCCCUGCAGCACGCAGUGGCCACACGGAUGACACAUCGAGACACCCAUCGAUGGCUGCCUGUCGUCUGAUGGUGCGUGCAUACGUCAGCAGGAUUGCCAGCCGUGUGCUCAAUCAAAUCCAUCAACACAUCCAGCUGCAGCGAACUGACCGACACACACACACACACACACACACGAGGAAAGCAGCACUCUUCAUUCUGCCGUCGCAUCUCGUUCGUGUCUGCUCACAGCGAGUCGAGAUCUACGAGCAUACUGGGCUGCGGCACACCGAUCUCAACCGCCUCUUCCCCGCGCCCGUCACACUCCACCGACCCCCUCAAGUCACGUUCUCCCGUCAGCCGCAGGAAGUGUCUCCUCCUCUCGUGAUAGAUCUUCUGCUCCUCCUCAGUCAGCCGCAGGUGGUGGCUGGUGGCCGGAGAUGAGAGGAACGACGCACCGCGCCGGGCAGGGAUAAACGACGACGACGCGCGAGACUCGACGUCUGAGCGAUCGAUGGUAUGUGGGGGAUGGGGUUGCUGGAUGUCGGAGCGAUAAGUGGAGGUGGGGGGAUGUUGGGGCUGGAACGGUCGGCGCUUGGCUGCUUGUUGCGGCCUGAACGCAUGACAACAAACAUCCCAACGGACUCUGGGGCCACUCGCCGCACCCCACUGACCGUACCGUCUCUGUCUGAAGUUGUUCCACCAUCUUUUAGAGUAGUAGGUGGACCCUCCCCGCCUCUCCACAGCCCUCCCGUCCUUCUCACCCCCCCUCUUGAAGUGAGGGUCCCACGCAGGCGUCGCUGCCCCCUCAACUGAAUCGCCGGCGUCAACCCCGUUCUUAGUUGACGUAUUGUGACCGUUGUCAGCCCAUCUCGACCGCUCCAGUGGUGCGUGUGCCGCCGACAUGUCCAUGUGUGGCACAGGUGGGGGAGACGGGUGAUCGGACGGUGGUGAGCGAUCGGCUGGCGGCGGCAGGGCUUCUGGGGGGGAGUGGCUGUGGAUAGAUGGGGGAGGGACGGGACGAGACACAGAGGCAGCUGCAGCGCUGAAUGAUUAAUCACAAAAAGAACACACCGCGUUUCAUGUCUCACGUCAUAGCUGAUGGAUGGUGUGCACCUACUUGCGAUUCUGAUGCUGCUGUGAAGGCUGUGAGACCGUCAAGAAAGCCCCAGGUGGGUAGAGGUUUGGUGCCGAUGGCGUCGGCAGCGCUUCAGUGUUCUUGCCGCCCCUCACCCUCACCACACGUCUCUCGUCCUUGCCAGCAGGACUCAUAUGCAGUGGCGAUGCCACCCCAGCGCCGCCCCUCUGCCGCCUCCACACAUUCUCCUGCGGCACUUUGUCGUCCUGUCUGCCCCAGGCCCUCCUCCGACACGCCACAGUGGGGUCAGCCGACGACGGCCUCACCAGAUUGCUGGCCGGUGAUGUUUGAGCUGAGACGCCCACACAUGUGCUGGGAGGCCGGAGGGCGUCGAGAGAAGCCACCGAUGCCGUCAUUUCGGCAGGCGCAUUCAUCGCUGAUUCAGUCGCAGGCUGCCCGGGGUGGACGAGCCGUCGGGCUGAGACGGGGGAGGGGCUGUCCUGGUCGGUGACAUCGAUGCACAGGCGGAGAGCUGAGGCGCCUCGGCUCAUUUGCAGUGUCAGCAAGCAGCUACGGGCAAGCAGCAAGAAAGCCUAGGCGCCCUCAGGGAAGACGCUUGUUCAGCGAAGACCGCUGAUGGUUCUUCACGUCUUCGCACAGAACCAGCGAAAGAAAACCUUAAUUCAGAGAUAGGCUCAGCCCUCUCAGCCCUCUUCGCGCCUUUUCC